AUGUCAUUUGUAAGCUAUCCACAACUAAACUCGAACAGAUUGCUUUUAAGUCCAUGAACUGGGUUUUCGAAGCGCCCAUGAACAUCUCAAAAGCUAAGAAGAACAUUUGGCCAGAGUCCUCUGAGAAACUCUACAACCUCACCAAUCAGCCAAAGAUCAUAUUUAAACAUAUCACAGCUCAAUAUUUCUUCGAAAUUUGAAAAUCCUCCAUCUCCAAUUUCUCUUGCAAAAAAAACUACAAUAUUUUUAAAUAUCCCAACCUUAAAAUUAGAAUCUGAAAAUACAAAACCAUCCAAUCGUUUACAGAGAAACACAUACUUGAGAUAUUCAACUCCUGAUUCAAAAAUUGAAAAAAAUUCUGCUAUAGUGAUCAAGCCUUCUGUAAAAUUAACUACACAAAAGGUUAAAAUUCACACAUCAUUGAUGGAUUACGCAAGAAAUAAUAAGACACCAAAGCCGAAAGAAGUUAAGUCUUCUAUAUCUGUAGAUGGAAAGCGAAUAAGUCUGAAUUAA